CUGAAGACAGGGAGACAAUUUUGUUAAGAACCAAAGUUACAAGUUCUGUCCGAAAAUCACAGCAUCCAAAAUACGUGCCCACUGACUGUGACACGCACCUCUUUUGUUUUUUACCUUCACAAAAAUACAAUACACUAUCGACGAAAUUACUAUUUUAUAAAAAUAAUCGCCGCAUCAGUAAAACUUUACUGGUUUGGGUUUAACGAAUUUUUUUAGAUGAUUAGCAAACUAAUGAAUGAUUUAAGGUAGUGUGACAAUUUCUCUUUUUUUGCGGCCAUUUAACGAAACAAAACAAAAACACUUCACUCCGAAGAAUCAAAACUGAAUAACAAAAAGGAAAAAAAUGACAUGAGAGACGAUAGUUUUCGUUUCCAUGAUUAUGAUGCACAAAGGAAAAGAGUUUCUUUUAGAUUGAAUUAAGAAAAGCAAAAAGGAAAAGUUAUAGCCACUCUAUAAGAAAUGAAAAGUAAAGAAGAGGAAGAAGAUGGAGGAGGAGGAGAGGAAGAAGAAGGAGAAGGGCAAAAAGGGAAGGGAUUUAUUGAAAAGCUAACGAGAAGAGCUGUUUUUGUAGGCCAUAGAAGUGUCUUUCGCGGACCUUCCACCCCGGCGCACAUUAGCUUCAACCCUAAUAACGCUUCUUCUUCCAAUUUCUCAUCUUCCUCUAGAAAGCUCGCAGCUUCUCUCUGGGAAUUUUAUCAGUAUUACGACGGCCGCCACGAGAUCCCUCCUGCUGCUAAAAUGCACCGAGCUCCUUACGGUUCUGGUGAUCCUAGUAACCGCCGUCUCCGUCACGGCCAUGGAAAGGCGUCGAUUAGAGACAAUGGUCUUGAUCUCACUGAUGACCAGGCUGAGAUUCUAUCUAAAAUUGUGAUCUUUACGUUCAAUACUUGCUUCUCUUACUACCUUACUCGUGCAUCACUGCUCUUGAAAAUGCCUUUUGUUCAUUUCGAGUUCAGUAGAAAAUUCCUUUUAUCUGGUCUUGAUUCCUGUAUUGUGUCCCAGCCAGAGAGUGCGGGAAGCAUAAGGAAACAGAUCGGUCAAAUGCUUAUGAAGCAUCAUCAACUAUCUCCUGCAAGCUACGAUAGCUCCCGCGAGGUGGCUCCAUAUAAUGCAGCAGUAACUCCGGGAAGAAGACGAGCUGGUGAGCCCAACUACAAUCUCAAGACAUCAACGGAACUUCUCAAAGUACUGAACCGGAUCUGGACCCUCGAGGAGCAGCAUUCCUCUAAUAUCUCCUUGAUAAAAUCUCUAAAAACCGAGCUUGCUCAUUCACGCGACCGGAUCAAAGAGCUUCUCAGAUACCAGCAAGCCGAUAGACGCGAUAUGGAUGAUUUAGUGAAGCAACUCGCGGAAGAAAAGCUCUCCAAGGACACGAAAGAAGGCGAUCGGUUAAGCUCUGCGGCGGUUCAGUCGCUUGAAGAUGAGCGGAAACUGAGGAGACGUUAUGAGAGUUUGCAUAGGAAGCUGGCGAGGGAGCUCUCGGAGGUGAAGUCUACGUUGUCUAACUGCGUUAAGGAGAUGGAGAGAGGGACUAGGUCGAAGAAGGUUCUUGAGAGAUUAUGCGACGAGUUUGCGAAAGGGAUCAAGAGUUACGAAAGGGAGAUUCAUGGUUUGAAGCAGAAGCUGGAUAAGAAUUGGGAAGGUUGGGACGAACAAGAUCAGAUGGUUCUCUGUAUUGCGGAAUCGUGGCUUGACGAGAGGAUACAGAGCGGUGACGGAUCCGUGUUGGAGAAGCUCGAGCUGGAGAUUGAAUCGUUUCUCAAGAGUAGAAAGAGCUUGGAUUCUAAUGAAGCACCGAAGAAUCGCCGGAGUUCGCUUGAGUCGGUUCCGUUUAACGCCACGAGCGCGCCGAUUAAAGAAGUAGACAGUGAGGAGGAAGAAGAUUCUGGAGGAAGCGAUUCGAAUUGCUUUGAGCUCAAGAAACAUGUUGCAAAGCCACUACUCGGCGAUGGAGCUGAGAAAACAGAGUUAGCAAAAGCAGAAGGUGUGAUGUCUGGUGGAAAACAGAGAAGACGGAGUCAAAGCCCGUCGAGUUUACAGGUGAAGUUCGAGGACCAGAUGGCGUGGGCGAUGUCUAGUAACGAGAACAAGAAAUCUAAAGAAACUGAUAAGUGUGCGAAAGAAACGAGCAAUGUGGUUGGAGAAAUGAUUAGAACACAUCGGAGGUUAUCGUCGGAAACUCGGGGAAUCGACGAAGCUUCUUGCAGUUACCUAUCUAGGAGACCAGAGAGCCCGAUUCGUCAUUGGAAUCCGAGAGCUGGUUCUGAGAUUUCAACAGCAAAAGGAGGAGUAAAGGAGAACACUUUGAGAGCUAAACUAAGCGAAGCGAGAACCAAGAGUUCCAGGCCACGGAUUCGGCUAUUCAAGGGCUAAGAUUCUGUGUCGGAAGACUCACUGUGGCCAGAGAGAUGGAACAACCUGAGAAUUGUUGCCGGAAAUAGACACAACUUUGAUACAGUUCCGUUACAUGUGUGGGAUAUGUUCAAGUAAAUGUAAAAUGUUUGAGUCCCUCCAUUACAUGUGCCGAUAUGUUAAAUCUUGUAAAUGUUUGUAACUCCAUGUAUAAUUGUAUAUCUGUGUAAUAUCGAUUUCAUUGUCUCAAUUUUUGAUUUUUGGUAAGAAUGAAAGAAAGGACUUGAGAAUCUG